GAUCUUUCUAGAGCGUCCGAAGCCCCCUCUCUUGUUCAUCUCCAGAAAAUUCGAUAACGAUAUAAAAGUGCGAGUGGAAUUCAGAUCGGCCAGAAUAGUCAGAAGUAAAGCAGAGUAACGAAGCUUAUAAGAGUGCGAAGUAGAUAGUGCAAAUUUUUAUAGUGCGAAAAUGGCAUUGCUACCACUGUUGUUCGAGAACUACGUUCGUCCAACUCGUCUUUUGGACCAGCAAUUCGGUUUAUGUUUGGAUCCCGAAGACCUGCUAGCCCCUGUACUCGACCCAGGACAUGUUCUUUGUCAUUUCAGAAGUCCUGUGGGAUAUAUUCGUCCUUGGAGAACAGCUGUUUCUCAGAGAGACGUUGGAUCUACCCUGGCCAUCGACAAAGACCACUUCAAAGCCAACCUGGACGUACAGCAGUUCAAACCAGAAGAGAUAACUGUGAAGGUGACUGGUAAUAACACAAUAACCAUUGAAGGAAAACACGAGGAAAAGCAAGAUGAGCACGGUUUCAUCUCUAGGCAGUUCGUGAGAAGAUAUGUUUUACCAAAAGACUGCGAUAUUAAUAAAAUAGAAUCGAAAUUAUCAUCUGAUGGAGUGCUUACUAUAACUGCGCCUAGGAACAAACCAGAAGAGGUCGAAAAUAAAACCAUUCCUAUAACACAAACUGGACAACCGGCAAAGAUCGAACAAAAGAAGGAGGAGAAAGUGGAGGAGAAAUGA